CCAGAAUAAACAGCUAAAUAUAUUAUACAAAAGCACAACAGGAGAAAAUAUUUCACGUUCUCAUACACUAUCUGUUUAGAUUAGUUGUUGUUUUUGCUUGUUGUAGCAGCAAAAACAGUCCACAUACAUGUACGAGGAGUGCUGCUGGAGUGACAGCCCUUGACUGGAUAUAUAGUAAAUCUAAGUCGUUCCGGUAACGUAGAACCGACUGUCGGAGGCACGUAUUUAGAUUAGUUGUUGUUGUUGUUAUAGCAGCAUAAACAUUCCACAUACUUAUAUACGGUCAAUGCUGCUGGAGUGACAGUCCUUGGCCGGAUAUAAAUCCGGGUCGUUUCGGUAACGUAGAACCGACUGUCGUGGAAACGUAUUUAGAUUAGUAAAAAAACUUGCUUCAAAAUUUCAGACUUCACGGCAAAAACUACACGAAUAUGAUUUUCCAACUACAAGUGUCACGGUUUCUGUACGCAAAUGAUUCCAAAUGGAAUAUUGUAAUAAUAAUCAGACUACAAAUAUUUGAGUGGAUAAAAACUGGAAGUCACAAUAAGCAGCAGAUAGUAAUAGCUGCUACAGACGCUCAACAUGCAUGUCCAGCAGAUUAUAUGUGUGCGUGUCGGGUGCAUGACGCUAAUAGCUCCUGGUGCGGCUCAAGCAUGCUUGUUCUGCAGCUUAUGUGUGUGCGUGUCGGGUGCUUGACGCUAAUAUCUAAAAUUUUUGAUUUUCAUUAUGCAAAAGCCGACAACAAGUAUGUGUGACACGAAGCAAGUACGAGUGUCACCCAACACGCACACAUUUAAGCCUGCUGGACAUGCAUGCUUGAGCGUCACCAGCGGCUGUAAUAUCUAAAAUUUUGGAUUUUCAUCAUGCAAAAGCCGACAACAAGUAUGUGAGUCACGAAGCAAGUACGUGUGUCACCCAGAAGAAGAUAAGAUAAGAAAUACAAAUAAGAAGCACAAAGCGUAUCGCCAGUACAGGAGACGUUCUCUGCAGGAGACAAAUUGCCUUCUCCCUUCCGCGGCCGUCCCUCACCAUGGAACAAAAUGUUUCCACUCCAAAUGUUUCCGUUUGUAAAUGGGCACAAAGACGGGGUUAAGUUCAAGAAUGAUAGAAAGAAGAUUGCGCCCAUCAGAGCGUAAGUGACGUCACGUUUGCUGAGUUGUGCAGUAUUGCCAACCAUUUGCUCUUCGCAAUAAAUUUAGUGCUUUUUUAUACCGAA